AUUGCGUGUGUACGUUACAUUGAAAUAUUUUUUAUUUAAAAAUUCUAGGAUAAAGCUACAAAGAAAAUGGAUAGCGAAUCAGACAUUUAUCGUGAGUUGUGUGAUAAUCCAACAUUAUAUGUUUCACCAAGAGAACUUUUCGAAGUUAUGUUACCUAAUGAUGGUACAGUGUGUUUUAUCAGUAUGAUGGAACAAAUCGACAGUACAAUUGCUGUUAAAACUAAAAAUGGUGAAGUUCAACGUUGUCGAGUAAUUUUGACAAAUAAUAAAGACUGGAAGGUUCAAGUUACUAUAUGGGGCAAUAACAUAAAUCGAGUUAUACAUAACUUUAAAACAUCAUUUGUGGUACAUGUAUCCGGAGCUUUUUCUCAAAAACGUUAUUCUAAGAGUUUAGGAAAUGUCCCUAUGGAUUUAACUAUCAAAGAUUAUACAGUUGUGAAUGUCAUUGGAAAAAUUCGAGAAUAUGAGGAAACUAAAAUUUAUGAACCAGGACUGCCUAACGAUGACACAAUGAUCCUCAAUGGAUACCCGCUCUUAUGGAUCUUCGGGAGUCCAUAA